GAGAAAAGCGCAGCUUCAAGGAAAGAUCAGAUGUUCGUUCUUCUCUUCCCUUCUCUGCCUUUGAGUCAGUAAUUCGAAUCGGACACGCAAACAUUUUGCAGUAGCAGAAAGAUUAUUAUUAUCAUAAGCAAAUGUCGCCGUCUUCUUCGAUACUCACGCCGACGCAGAAGUACGCCGCCGGCGCUCUCUUCGGGCUGGCCCUUCAUCAGGCACAGAUCCACCAGACCCGUCCUUUGGGGCUCCCCUCCGAUGAAGACGGAGGCCUAACCGGUGACCGCAUCAGCACUGGAAGCGGCAGCAGUAGCGACUCCGUCUCUGAAGACUCCCAGCUUUGGGUCCACCACUCAUCUGCUCUCCUCCGCCCCGUCUUCCAGUUUCUAGGGAUUGAUACUACAGCGUGGACUGGGCUUGAGGAAACUGCUGGCCAGUCACCUGCCCAGCAUCACGUGGGAGCGUUUCUCAGGUUACUAUCUGAGGGAAGUGUGGAUGAUUCAUCAGAAGUACGUCAAACAGAAAUUGCUUUGGGGAACAGCAUAAAUUCUAUGGCAUCUAGCAUUGACAGAACCAUUGACGAUGAGUCUGAAAAGGAGAAACAACGUGAAUAUGAGUAUGAAUGUCGUGAGAAAUUUUCAAGUUCAAAGUCUGAAUCCGAAAAUAUACAUACCGAAAGUCAACGGGAGGCCAUUUGUGAACCAUCAAGCAACAUACAUGCACAUAUGGAGCCUAUUAGCGGGUUUGAUGAAAAACCAGCACCAGAUGUUACAAUGAUUCCAUAUAAUAGGAAAUUGACUGUUCUGCACGAACUUCUUUCAGCUUGUCUGGCAGAUACACCAGAUAACAAUAAAAAUACUUCUGCUCAACGAAGGAAGGGCUAUGAUGCUCGUCAUCGUGUGGCUUUGCGGUUACUUGCUACAUGGCUUGAUGUCAAAUGGAUUAAAGUGGAAGCCAUUGAGACGAUGGUUGCUUGCUCAGCAAUGGCUUUAUUGAAAGAGGAAGAGUCCAAAGAAGAAGACAAAUCUUCUAGAAGCUCUUGGGCAAAGUGGAAACGUGGAGGCAUCAUAGGUGCGGCAGCAUUGACUGGAGGAACAUUAAUGGCAAUCACUGGUGGUUUAGCUGCUCCAGCCAUUGCUGCAGGGUUUGGUGCUUUGGCACCAACAUUGGGAACUCUUGUUCCUGUUAUUGGAGCUAGUGGGUUUGCUGCUGUCGCAACUGCUGCGGGCAGUGUUGUUGGCUCUGUUGCUGUUGCUGCAUCAUUUGGAGCUGCUGGAGCAGGACUUACAGGAACUAAAAUGGCCCGGAGAAUAGGAGAUGUUGAUGAAUUUGAGUUUAAAGCAAUUGGGGAAAACCAUAACCAAGGCCGGCUAGCAGUUGAAAUAUUAAUCGCUGGAUUUGUUUUUGAGGAGAGGGAUUUUGUUAGACCUUGGGAAGGACACCACAAUAACUUAGAAAGAUAUGCAUUGCAGUGGGAGUCCAGGAAUCUAAUAUCUGUUAGCACUGCAAUUCAGGAUUGGCUUACUUCAAGCAUUGCUCUACAAUUAAUGAAGCAAGGGGCCAUGAUGACAGUAUUAAGCUCCAUUUUAACGGCAUUGGCUUGGCCAGCUACAUUACUUGCUCUCACUGAUUUUAUUGACAGCAGAUGGACAAUCGCUGUAGACAGAUCUGAUAAGGCUGGAAAACUGCUCGCAGAGGUUUUGCAGAAAGGGUUGCAAGGGCACAGGCCCGUGACACUAGUCGGGUUUUCACUAGGGGCAAGAGUAAUUUUCAAAUGUCUACAGAUUUUAUCUGAAACCGAAAAAAAUGCUGGACUCGUAGAAAGAGUUGUACUUCUUGGGGCACCAAUUGCGAUUAAAGAUAUGAACUGGGAAGCCGCUAGAAAGGUGGUGGCUGGGAGGUUCAUAAAUGUCUAUUCUACAAACGAUUGGAUGCUCGGAGUUGCCUUUCGUGCUAGUUUGCUCACACAAGGGCUAGCUGGGAUUCAAGCAGUGGAACUGCCUGGAGUUGAGAACGUUGAUGUAACUGAACUCAUUGAUGGCCACUCUGCAUACCUAUGGACAAGCCAACAGAUUCUUGAACUGCUUCAGCUGGACACCUAUUUUCCCGUGUUUGGUCGUGCCUGCGUCAAGAAAUAGGCCAGUUUAAGUCAUAUAACUGAGGGUGUGUAUAGAGGGGAUUCUAUUUGUUUAUUUAUAAGAAUGCUUUUGUUUUUGGGUAUAUGUUAGGGGGUUGCAAAUAGAGCUGUAAAGGGGUUUUAAGUUUUUUUUUUUGGAAAAAUAAUGUUAAAGUCACAUUCAUUCUCUCCCACUUUUCACUCUAACCUUCUCACUACAUAGUAACGGGAGUUUGUGGAUGUUUCUGAGAAGGUGGGGUGAAAGGUGAUACAGGUGGUUAGUUAGUUAAGAAAUGGUUGGAGUCUGUUAGUUCAGGGUCCGUUUCGUACACAGAAUUGACAUAAUUGGAAUUGAAUUGGGAGUUGAAAUUCUGUGGAAUUGAUUUGGAUGAAAUUGAAUUCUCCAAUUCCAAUUCGUUUUUGGUACUAUCAAUUCCAAAUUCACAUAUUUUUGUGUUAAUAAACAACAGAAUUUGGAUUGUUGUCUCCAAUUUUAAUUCCAUAGUUUGAAUUCCGUGUACCAAACGAAGCCUUAUUAUAAUUGGGUGUUAGUCUUGUGUGGCUAUAUAACCCUUGAUAUCUUUGUAUUUUGAAGCAAGAAAUGGAAUAACAAUUU